UCAGACCACCAGACAUUGGAGGAUGCAAACAUGACAAUGGACCAUGAUAUUCUUCUAGAAGUUUCAGUCGAUACAGAUCGUUCUUCUCAUUCUGGUGUGCAUUCAAUAGGAAAUGAAUUAGCAUUGGGAAGUUCCGUAAGUUCAUCAUUGACUACCAUGGAUGAUAACUAUGACAUAUAUAGAGGUGAAAGAGGUGGUUUAGCAGGUCUGCAGAACUUGGGGAAUACCUGCUUUAUGAAUAGCGUUCUUCAAUGUUUAGUCCACACUCCACCACUUGUUGAAUUUUUCUUACAAGAUUACAACGAUGAGAUCAACAGGGACAAUCCUUUAGGAAUGAGUGGUGAGUUAGCACUUGCAUUUGGUGACUUGUUGAGGAAACUCUGGUCCUCUGGGCGAACUGCAAUUGCACCACGCGCGUUCAAGGGAAAGCUGGCCCGAUUUGCUCCACAAUUCAGUGGUUAUAACCAACAUGAUUCUCAAGAAUUGCUUGCCUUUUUAUUGGAUGGACUGCAUGAAGAUUUGAAUCGUGUGAAACAAAAGCCUUACAUUGAAAUGAAGGACUCAGAUAAUAGGCCAGAUGAGGAAGUUGCGUACGAGUGUUGGAAAAAUCAUAUGGCUCGGAAUGAUUCAUUGAUUGUUGAUGAAUGCCAGGGUCAAUACAAAUCAACAUUGGUUUGUCCUGAAUGUGGCAAAAUUUCAAUUACUUUUGAUCCAUUUAUGUAUUUAUCAUUACCACUUCCUUCAACUGUCACCCGGGCAAUGACAGUUACUGUCUUUUAUUGUGAUGGGAGUGGUCUUCCCAUGCCGUACACAGUGAAUGUUCUGAAGCAUGGUUGCUGCAGAGAUCUUUGCCAAGCAUUGGGCACUGCAUGCUGUUUGAAGAGUGAUGAAAUGCUUUUGCUUGCAGAGGUUUAUGAGAAUAAGAUUUAUCGAUAUCUAGAGAAUCCGUUAGAGUCAUUGACUUCUAUCAAGGAUGAAGAACAUAUUGUGGCCUAUCGACUCAAGAAUGGAGCCAGGAAAACAAAACUAGAAAUAUUGCAUCGAUGUCCGGAUAAUGUGAAGGGUGGAGACAGGAAGAUCUUUGGAACUCCCUUGGUUACUUAUUUGGUAGAAGAUCCUCAAUAUGGAGCAAACAUUGAGGCAUAUGUACAUAGAAUGUUGGCACCUUUAGGAAAAGCACAUUCUUCAACUAGGUCUCAUGAAGGGAAGGAAAAUGGUUUCAUCUCAGGUGGUAGUGAUGAGCGCUUUUAUGCAUCCCCCAAAAUAACCCUUGAAAGCAUUUGGGAGUUUUUCCCUUGGCAGUAA